CUUGUCCCUAACUAUCAUCACAGGCGCACGCACGACAUCAUGGCGUCCCCGACCGCAGAAGUGAUCGAGUUCUGCUCGGCGUACCCGAGCAGGCUGCCCCGGAUACCGGACGACCUCACGAUACCUCAGUUCUUCCUCGACCAUGAUAUGCCUGAGCGACCGAAGGUACCACACUCUGUGCCGUGGUUUGUGGAGGAUAGGACGGGGAAGGGGAUCACGUACCCGGAGGUGCGCAAACGCACGCUAGCCCUGGCGAAUGCACUUCACUCUGAGUUUGGGAUCCAUGAGAACGACGCUGUCUGCAUUUUCAGUCCCAACGAUGUUGACUACCUGAUCGCGGUCUGGGCUGUACACAAGCUCGGAGCCGUCGUAACCCCCGCAAACCCCGCCUACACCACCGACGAGCUCGUCUACCAACUCCAAACCGCCAAAGCCACCGCCAUCGUCGCGCACUCUGACUUCCUCGCCACCGCCCUCGAUGCCGCACGCGCCGCGGGCCUCCCCGCCGAACGCAUCGCGCGCUUCUCCAACGCCGCCUCGCGCCCCUCGCCGGUGAAGACAAUCGACGAGCUCGUCGCGAUGGGCGCGAGCAAGCCACAGGGGUACCAGGAGCGUAAGCUUCGGCCGGGAGAGGGGAAGACGAAGGUGGCGUUUUUGUCGUUCUCGAGUGGCACGACGGGGCGGCCGAAGGCGGUCGUGAUCCCGCACUCUGCGGUUAUCUCGAAUGUGCUGCAGAUGGCGACGCACAACGAUAUUGCGAACCCGAAUCAGACGCGCAUCAAGGUUGGGGACAAGACGUUGGCUGUGCUACCCAUGUAUCACAUCUACGGCUUAGUGGUCGUGACACAUUUUUUCCUCUUCUGUGGUAUCACUCUCGUCGUCGUGCCCAAGUUUUCGUUGGUGGACUGGCUCGACAGUAUUGAGCGCCACAAAAUCACGCAUAUGUGCGUUGUGCCGCCGCAGAUCGUGCUUUUGAAUAAGCACCCAGCGGCGCAGGGCCGCGACUACAGCCACGUCCGAUUCAUCAUGUCGGGCGCUGCACCUCUCAGCGCGGAGUUGCUUAACCAGACAUCGAAGCUGAUGCCAAAUGCGACGGUUGGGCAAGGAUACGGUCUCACGGAAACGAGCACCACGAUCAGCAUGGUCCCGCCCUCGCAAAAGAUUGGCACGCCUGGCGCGUCCGGCAUGAUCAUCGAUGGGACGACGGUUCGCAUCCUCAAGCCCGACGGCACCUACGCCAAGGAGGGCGAACUUGGCGAGAUCCUGGUGCGCGCGCCCAGCAACGCCCUAGGCUAUCUCAACAACGAGCAAGCCACGAAGGAGACGUUCCUCCCUGGCGGCUGGGUGCGCACGGGGGACGAGGGCUAUGUGAAGGACCACGAGAUCUAUGUGGUGGAUCGGCUGAAGGAGCUGAUCAAGGUGCGCGGCUUCCAGGUCGCGCCUGCGGAGCUGGAGGGGCAUUUGCUGCAGCACCCCGCCGUCGCCGAUGCUUGCGUCGUAGGUGUGCCGGACGAGUACUCGGGCGAAGUCCCGCUUGCGUUCGUCGUGUUGCACGAGAGCUACAAGGGCAAGGUUACCGGCGGGGCUGCUCUCGAGGAGCUGAAGGCCGAUAUCGCCAAGCACGUCGCGGACAACAAGGCUGCGUACAAGCGGCUCGCUGGUGGCGUCGUGAUGAUCGACGCCAUACCCAAGAAUCCGUCGGGCAAAAUCCUCCGGCGCUUGCUAAGGGAUCGCGCGAAGGCGGAGCGGGCGGCUGUGCCGCUGAAGGCGCGGUUGUAGUUGCUGGGCUCAUUGGGAGUGUAUUGCAACGUUGCGACUGCGUAGAAGGUAGAAGUGCAUGUGUAUUCUAGGCGCUCGAGGCGCCGUAUAUCCGUUCAAUGCUAGUGCGUGUUGCUGCGUCU